CCGUUAUACGAAAACCCCCCCCCCCCCACCCACCCUCCAGAGACCUGCAGGUCGUUAUAUCAACGAAUUUUUUUUACAAAAAAAAAGCUCGCGAGCUUUUCAGUCGCCGGUAUCCGUUUGCCUGCGACUGACGCAUGUUCGAUUUCUUUCAUCCCUUACGAUCAGUGUGACAAUUAUAUGUGCCGGAAAAAGUGAAACUGUAUUACGUAUGCACGCGAUGAUCGAGCUUUUUAUAACCAACGUCGAGUGAUUUAAAAAUCGGGCGUGAGAAUAAAAAAUUCGCGACAAAUCUUGUUGAGCGCACAAUGUCGAGUACGGAAAAAUCGCACCACCAUCCCGACCUGAGGAUCCUGCCAAAGUUGGCGUCUGCUGCCCCGGAAAUGGGUCGCUCAUACGGGAGCGGAAGAAGUUGCAGAUCCGGUUCCGAGGAUCUGGAAAAAAUUGUAAAUCGGGAGUCGAGGGACGGGUUUUUAAACUUUGAGAAGUCGGUUAUCGGUCACAGCUUUGCUCUCGAACUCCGUCGUGACGUCGUCGUCGUAGUCGGGAUAAUAAUCAGCGUCGAAUUGACGCUGUAAUAACACCCCGGCAACCGCUCAUCUCCGAGGAGAAUUACACACACACGGAGUUACACGACCUCGUAACUAUAAAAACGUGACGGUCGUCAUGUCUCGACAGAGCAAAGAUCCCGUGCAAAAGUGCCAUUCCGAUCCUGGCGGUGGUGCACCAGGAUCUCCCGCACGUGCAGCUUCUGACGCUGCGAUUGCAAAAGGGACCUCGAGGAGAUGUCAAAAACAUCCUAAUUCAAUCGGCGGAUCGCCCCUCGCAACAGCAACUAGAAAAUGCGUCCUCACUUUGGACGGUUACAGCUACGUUAUCGUCGCAUCGCCGCCGGACCGAAGAGUCACUAAAGACGAUAUCGGGCUGGCAGAGGCUUCCUCCUCGAUUUCCGCAACAUCCUCAACUUAUGCCGCAGCCUCUUCUCACGCCAAAUUCACAAGCAGAAUAUCCACCGACCUCGCAAACGUUGGUCCAGCUUUACGCACGGCUGCCGGCGGCUCUUCCUCAUCUUCAACCAGCCUCCACUCUCCCAGCCAGAACGGUGAGCGAAUCAAUCAAGGUGCGUUGACCAUAGUCCGCCGUAGUUCGGGAAAGGGAAAAACGUCGCGAGGCGGAAGUGGCGGAAACUCAGAGACGGGAUCAUUAUCGGGGGUUCCCGAACCCGGAGGCAGAGAAAACCUCCGUUUCAUCGAUCUCGAAUUAACAGCGGAUUCUCUUCCUGCCGUUGAUACGCCGGAUGCGUGUGACAAAGCGGCUCUAAGAUUACGAUGUCUUCUGAAGCAGCUUCAACACGGCGAAAUAUCGGCCGAACUUUUGCAACAAAAUCUCAAUUAUGCAGCCAGAGUUCUUGAAGCAGUUUUCAUCGAUGAGACAAGGGCGGCGACCGAGUCCUCCAGGUCACCGCGUAGGGAGGGCCAAACAUCAAAUCCUGGUGGAACGGAUGCGGAGGGACCGGGUGGUCACGUGGUCACGCAGAAACGGAAGCUUCGCACCCCCAUUUGGGCAAGGGAUCAGGCGGAGCCGCGCCAGGAGAAGACAGCGUCGCGACGCCAACCUGGCGCGCCUUAUUGUAGACGAUUAGCGGACGAGGACGAUGAGUUGUCAGAGGUUCAGCCGGACGCGGUGCCUCCGGAAGUUCGUGAAUGGUUGGCAUCUACCUUCACAAGGCAGCUGGCAACCACUCGACGUAAAGCUGAUGAAAAGCCAAAAUUUCGAUCUGUGGCACACGCUAUCCGGGCUGGAAUCUUUGUCGACAGAAUUUACAGGAAGGUUACCAAUACCGCUCUCAUGCAAUUCCCCGAGGAGGUUGUCGGCGUUCUCAAGACGCUGGAUGAUUGGUCAUUCGACGUCUUCUCACUCAGCGACGCAGCUUCCGGAGCGCCGAUACGGUACCUUGGUUACGAUCUACUGAAUCGUUACGGAAUGAUCCAUAAAUUCAAGGUCCCGCCGUCUGUUCUUGAAAGUUUUUUAGUCAGGAUUGAGGAGGGUUACUGCAGGCAUAGAAAUCCCUAUCACAACAAUCUUCACGCCGCCGAUGUCGCCCAAACCAUGCACUACGUUUUAUGCCAAACUGGACUUAUGAACUGGUUGACGGAUCUGGAGAUAUUUGCGACCCUUGUCGCAGCUAUAAUUCAUGACUUCGAGCACACAGGAACGACGAACAAUUUUCACGUCAUGUCUGGCAGCGACACGGCGCUUUUGUACAACGACAGAGCGGUCUUGGAAAAUCAUCACAUAUCGGCGAGUUUUCGGAUUCUCCGCGAGGACGACUGCAACAUACUACAGAAUUUCUCCCGGGAGGAGUUUCGGGAGUUUAGAUCGCUGGUGAUCGAUAUGGUGCUCGCAACCGACAUGAGCUUCCACUUUCAACAGUUGAAGAACAUGAAAAAUCUUCUCAGUCUGACCGAACCGACAGUAGACAAGAGCAAGGCCGUCAGUCUCGUUCUUCACUGCUGCGAUAUUUCCCACCCGGCAAAGAGAUGGGAUCUUCACCACAAAUGGACCAUGCAGCUUCUCGAGGAAUUCUUCAGACAGGGAGAUAAGGAGAGAGCACUGGGUCUACCGUUCUCACCGCUAUGUGACAGGAACAACACUCUAGUGGCCGAGUCGCAGAUCGGUUUCAUCGAAUUUAUCGUUGAACCUAGUAUGCAGGUCUGCAGUGACAUGCUAGAGUCGGUUCUUGCGCCGUUGAAUCCCAAGACGGACGUUCCUCAAGAAUCGGACCCUGCAGCCGGUGAGAAUAUGUUUAGAAUUAAAAAACCAUGGACCCAUUGUCUUGCGGAGAAUAAGAAGAUUUGGAAAGAACAGGCGGCUAAAGACGCAGAAAUCAGACUACAGAAAGAACAGGAACAGAAGGAAAGGGAAGAACUCGAGCGAGAUAAGGGAAAAAAUUCACUGACUACAGCCGAAGAGUAGCGGUUAUGUACUGUAUUAUAAAUGUCAGCGAAUAUAAAUAAAUAAAUAAAUAUAUAUAUAUAUAUAUAUAUAUAUAUAUAUAUAAUACAUGAAUAUGAGCGAAUGAACGGGCGAAUGAAAAAUGAUAAGUGCAAUUGAUUGAUCGAUGCUUUUUAUGAUAAAUAAGCUUAUAAUAUUGAACAAGGCGUUGAUAUAGCGUAUAAAUAUGAAUGUAUAUUAUACGACGGAAAGUAUAUGUGUAUAUAUGUAUAAUUUAACUACUCUGACAGACUGAGAUCGCAUAUACUAUAACAUAUUAUACAAUAUAGGUAUAUAUAUAUUAUAUUCGAUCGUAGUUUCAGGAAAUACUUAUGACGCUAUGUAUGCAAAAUACAUAUAUAAUGUGGUAUAUUAUGUCUAGGUAUAUCUGUGUAAAGUUUGCACAACAGGUUGCACGUGAAUUAGGUUAUUUAUAAUUUUUGGGCAUAAACGUUUGAUAUAACGAUUCAAGUGUGGAAUUACAUCGGAAUUACAGUUUGGUUGCACAUAUUCUGCGAAAUAUACUUUAAAUAAGUUUCACGCAGUGAUAAACUGAUCAUUUAUAAUCGCCAAUUAAUUAUGCUAACUAUGCAAACAUUGAAACUGAUGUCAGGAAAAUCAAUUCAACGAAUUGAAUAUACCGAAAAAUUUUGCUAAAAUUUAACAUGCCAAGUUUUCGCUAAAAUGACUCUAAGGAGAAACAAAAAAUUUUGUUAAAUUGCGAAUCUUUGCGCAUAAAUGAAUCUCAGAUCUUGUUCAAACUAAAAUUUUCACUUUUUUAAUCUUCUCUUUUUUUUUCAAAUUGCUGGUUACUAAACUUUGCGUCAAAUGAAUUUACAAGCAUUCCGCCACGUCCAUUUUCCCCAAACUAUUUUAUCACUUUGAGAAUUAUUUAUUAUUGUAUGUUGUUAAAAAUCGUGCGGAUAUCAUUAUAUGUACCUUGUUAAAAAAAAAUGCAACCAUGAUGAUGCAUAGUUUAACAAAAAAAAAAAAAAAAAGAAAAAAAAAGAGUGACGUAGAAUAAAAAUGAGAAAACGAAGUGAAAUUCGAACAAAUAAUAUAUUAUACCUAACCGUACCAAUACAUAAAUCUUACAAACAUAUAACUAAUACAAAUAUGCGUAACUUAAUUGUAAUAAUAUUCUGAUAAGAAAAUAAACAUUAACCCAGCUGGCCUGGCGCUGAUUAAAUUAUAUAAUUGUACUGUGAAAUUGCAGAAACAAAAUGUGUCUAAAAAGAAAAAAAAAAAAAAUUGAUAAUCUGUACAUAAUAAAUGUAUAACGGUGAAAAAAAAAUCUUGCGACAAAGCUUUAAAAGAUAGAAAGAAUUAUAUAACGUACCUACACAACUAUCUGUAGUAUUUAUUCUGUAUGAUUAUGCAAAUAAACGUAUAUAUAUAUAUACAUAUAUAUAUAUAUAUAUAUAUAUAGGUAUAUACUUAUGCGUAUAUAUGUAUAAAAAUAUAAUAUGAUUAUGUAAAUAAGAAACGGUAACAAAGUGAACAUAGAAAAGAAUAAAAAAAAAAAAAGAGAAAAAAAAGAAACAAAAGCAAAAACUCGUUACUCAAAUAAUUAUUAUUAUUUAUACUAUGUACCUCUUGUGCUAUAUACCAUACCUAUGUAGGAGUGUCAAAUGAUUUAUGGAAUUUGCGGGUGAAAAAUAUUGUACAUGUAAAUUAGCCAUACAUAUUAUCCGGAGAAUACACAAUAUGAUAGAUAAUUGAAAGUAAUAAGAAACCGUCUACAGAACGCAUUAUUAUCUUUAUUUACGUACAUACCGAUGUAAUAAUAUAUAACGUGACGUUAUUACUGUAUUUUAUUAAUUCGAGCGUACACCGCAAUACUUCACUUAUCCAUGCAUAUUGUUGGAAUCAUUUUUUACUUACCUUUCUUGAUGUUCUUCUUUUUCUUCUUAUUAUAAAAAUAAGAAUAACAAGAAUAAUAAUAAUAAUGAUAAUAAUAAUAGUAAUAAUAGUAAUAAUAGCAGAAUAAUAAUAACAACAACAAUGAUGAUAGUAAUCGUAAUAUGAAUAUGAAUAACAUUUCUUUCAAUCACCUACGUAGAAAGAGCUACGACAAUUUAUUAUGAUAAUAGGUAUAUUGCAUAAUGUGCAUUGAUCUUGAACUGCUAUCGAAAUCUGCAGCUUGCGCUCGUAUAUCUUAUAUAUAUGUAUAAAAUACAGUUUAGUAUAAAUAUAACGUCGAUUAAUUAAUAUUAAUACAUGUAGUCCGUAUAUACAUAUGUAUGGUAGAUACGUAUACGUGAAUAAGUGAUGUAGUACAAAGAAAGAAUGAUAAUAGUAACGAUGAAGGAAGAAAAACAAAAAAAAAAAAAAAAAUACGCGCAUAUCCUACAUAUGCUUGGAAACUAUUUAAUUACAAUAUGGAUCUUGAA